GGCUGAGGGGCGGCCGCGGGAGCGCCGUGCUGAGGGCGGGGGGAGGGGGGCGGCCGCUGUCUGUCUGUCCGUCUGUCCGAGCGUCUGACGGCCGCAAUGCAGAACGUCAUCAACACGGUGAAGGGGAAGGCCCUGGAGGUGGCCGAAUACCUCACGCCCGUUCUCAAGGAGUCCAAGUUUAAAGAAACUGGCGUAAUUACACCUGAAGAAUUUGUUGCAGCUGGAGAUCAUUUAGUUCACCACUGUCCUACUUGGCAAUGGGCUUCAGGAGAAGAACUAAAAGUCAAAGCUUAUCUGCCAACAGACAAACAGUUUUUGGUAACUAAAAAUGUGCCGUGCUAUAAAAGGUGUAAGCAGAUGGAGUACUCAGAUGAGCAGGAAGCAAUUAUAGAAGAAGAUGAUGGUGAUGGGGGAUGGGUAGACACUUUCCACAAUGCAGGUAUAGUGGGUGCAACAGAAGCAAUUAAGGAGAUCACAYUAGACAGUAAGGAUAAUAUAAAAAUACCAGAGUGUUCAGCAUCUUGUGAAGAUGAUGAUGAAGAGGAUGAAGGAGAAGCUGCAGACAUGGAAGAGUAUGAAGAAAGUGGGCUAUUGGAGACAGAUGAUGCAACGCUUGACACAAGACAGAUUGUAGAAGCUAACAAAACUAAAGUUGAUGUUGGAGGGGAAGAUGCUAUUCUACAGACUAGAACUUAUGACCUCUACAUCACUUAYGACAAAUAUUACCAAACUCCAAGGCUCUGGUUAUUUGGAUAUGAUGAGCAACGGCAGCCUUUAACAGUAGAGCAUAUGUAUGAAGAUAUUAGUCAAGAUCACGUCAAGAAAACGGUGACCAUUGAAAAUCAUCCUCAUCUUCCUCCACCUCCUAUGUGCUCAGUUCACCCAUGCAGGCAUGCAGAAGUCAUGAAGAAAAUAAUUGAGACUGUUGCAGAAGGUGGGGGAGAGCUUGGAGUUCACAUGUAYCUUCUUAUUUUCUUGAAAUUUGUACAGGCGGUCAUUCCAACGAUAGAAUAUGACUACACAAGGCACUUUACGAUGUAACUAAAAUAAGAAAUGUGUUCCUCUAAUUAUCAAAUCUUUUUUUAAAUAACCCAUCCAUGUGACUUAUACAACAUUAUACACAAUUUCUGUAACUAAUCUUUUAUCAACUUGACGCAUUAAAAUAAAAUGUUCCAUUACCAGCCUUUUUAAUAAAAAUCUCUGUGCGUAAUAUAAAUAAAUCACUUUCAUUCCAGUACAGAUGCUGCACUAAGAGGUGGGAUUUUUUUUUUCUCCAUAAUUCCUUCAAUUUCCUUCCAUCAGAUUAUUUUUGUGUAUGUUGAAAUCCACUUUUGUAGUAGAAGCCUAGUAGUUUUGGCUUUGUUGCUCGUGCCUAAAAAUCUGAACUUUUAAUUUUUUCCUCUCUCAUUUAAAUUCACUUGAGAGYUUUAUGGGGUUUCUUUCCUAGCUAUGAAUGCUUAUAUUUCCUCUAGUUGGAGGAGGAUUUUGAAAGAUGAAAAACAUAAGUGAUUGUCCUGUUAGGAAAGUUUGGCUACAUCUUAAACAAGUAACUGUAAUUAACCAGUGUUUGAAAGGUGAUCUACAUCGAGCAAGACUAGAGAUGGAAUAUUUUGGGAGACAAAGGAAGAAUAUUAAUUAUGUAAUCUGUUUGUCUGGUAGUGAAGUACAGUGUUAUUGACCAAAUUUACAGYAUGAGGGUAAAGGGAGAACAUUGCUAUGGGGAGAAGAUUGCUAUGGCAGAGCAAGGUUCAGUCUGGGUUAUUUGUCUGCCUCAGCUACACCAACUGUCAGUCUGAUAGCAUGGUUUCCUCUUUGGGAUAAACAKACAUGGAGUUGUUGAUGGAUUCAGAUAUUGCAAAGGGAUCCA